CCCCAUUCCAUGGCUACGGACAAUGUCUAUAUUCCCUUCUUCUUAUCGGCCUUCAUAUGGAUUCAACUGAUAACACCCAACAUCUGCGACGGAGCUCUAACCUCAGGCUGCAUCCCUGCCGAAAGAAGUGCUCUACUUGAGUUCAAACGAGGCCUGGAAGAUCCUACCAACAGGCUGUCCUCUUGGGUGAGUGAAGACUGCUGCAAAUGGGAGGGUGUGACUUGCAGCAAUCACACUGGGCAUGUCGUCAAGCUGGACCUCCACAGUCCGCAUCCUUUCUCUGACGAUACCUUAGGAGGUGAGUUGCGGCCUUCUUUGCUUGGCCUGAAGCACCUAAAGUACCUAGACCUAAGCAUGAACAAUUUUGGAGGCAUUAAAAUUCCAGAAUUCAUGGGUUCGUUCCAUCAACUCCAAUAUCUUAACCUCUCCAGAGCUGGAUUGGGUGGAGUCCUGCCUCACCAGCUGGGAAAUCUCUCCAAUCUGCAGUAUCUAGACUUAUACAAUGACUUGGAUCUCAUUUUUGUGGUUCCGGUUCGUGAAUUUAGCAUUGGUGAUGCACUCUGGAUUUCUCACCUUUCUUCUCUAAAGCAUCUCAACCUGAAGAAUGUUAAGUUUCAAAAUGGUACUCACUGGCUGGAAGCUCUGAACAUGCUUCCUUCUAUCGUGGAGAUAUACUUAUCUGGAUGUGCAAUUGGACGUGUUCCCCUCUCUCUUCCACAUGUGAACUUUACAUCACUGUCUGUUCUUGAUUUGUCUCAUAAUUUCAUUAACUCUACGAUACCCUCUUGGUUAUUCAACAUAAGCGGCCUUGAGCACCUUAAUCUCCGUGCGAACAUCCUUCAGGGUAGUAUUCCACCAGCCUUUGUUAACUUGACUUCCCUCAGGGGCCUUGCUUUAGCUAACAAUCCUCUUCAAGGAGGAAUACCCACUUCCUUCAAAAAUAUGUGCAAGCUGCAGAAAUUAGUAUUGGCAGGCAUUAAUAUCAGCAAAGAUUUGUUAGAACUUAAUGAAUCUUUUUCUGGUUGCAUCAAGAUGAGCUUAGAGCAUCUAGAGUUAUCCGGCAUGAAUAUUCGUGGGCAGCUGCCUGAAUGGUUAUUCCAACUCAGGAAGCUUAAAGCACUCUAUUUGGGGUCGAAUCUGAUUUCUGGUUCUAUUCCUGUAUCACUUGGACAACUAGCAUCACUCCAAGAGCUCUCUCUUGCUCAAAAUCAGUUGGAGGGUAUAAUGUCUGAGGCGCAUCUUGGAAACCUCACAGAAUUGAAAUACUUAUAUUUAUCGUUCAACUCCUUAACUCUGAAGGUGAAGAGAAAUUGGCUUCCUCCCUUCCAGCUUGAUUCCCUUCGGAUGGACUCUUGCAAACAGGGUCCUGAGUUCCCUGCAUGGCUCCAGUCACAAAUAAAUAUUUCAGAAAUUGAUAUAUCUAAUGCUGGUAUUAUUGACGCUAUGCCAAACUGGUUUUGGAGCGUAAUUUCCACAGCAAAGUACGUGAGUAUCUCCGACAAUCAGAUCGGUGGUCAUGUACCCAAUUUAUUGCAUUUAAACGACCUUGAGGAUUUGGAUUUAAGUUCAAACUACUUCGAAGGUCCUCUUCCAUAUUUUCCUCGUGGAUUGUCAUUUUUAGAUUUGUCAAACAACUCAUUCUCAGGAACAAUUUCACUUGGCAUCAUCAUGAAUAUGCCGGACCUCAUAGGUUUAUCAUUUUCAAAAAACAAUUUGAGUGGCACAAUUCCGUUAUCUAUAUGCCAACAGCCGUUCUUGGUGGCUCUUGAUCUUUCAAAAAAUAUGUUAUCCGGAGAGCUCCCCAAUUGCUGGAAUAAUUCUUCAAGUAUUGUAGUUAUGGAUUUUUCAAGCAACAACAUAUCUGGAGUUAUUCCUAAGUCAAUAUGUUCCAUAGCAUCACUUCAGUCGUUGCACUUGAGCAGUAAUAGUUUAUCUGGAGAGUUGCCUUUGUCCUUGAAAGAUUGUACGAAAUUAGUCCUUCUUGAUGCUGGACAUAAUGAUUUGAAAGGUGAAAUUCCAACUUGGAUCGGUGAAAGUUUAACUAGUCUGAGGUUCCUCAAUCUACGAUCAAAUAUGUUGGACGGAGAUAUUCCUCCAAAUCUUUCAAAACUAAGUGCUCUCCAAUUUCUCGACCUUGCAGAUAAUAAGUUGUCGGGAAGUAUUCCAAGGAGCUUUGGAAAUUUUACUGCCAUGAAAGUUAUUGGAAAGUUUUCAAGUUGGAUGAUAGAUGCAACAAGUUACAAGGAGCAGAUGCUAGUAACAACUAAAGGACGAACUCAAGACUAUGAUGAGUCACUUUCGCUUAUGAAUAUCUUGGACCUCUCAGACAAUAACUUAUUUGGAGGAGUACCUGAAGAACUCACAAGUCUUUCUGGCUUAUUCAGCUUAAAUUUAUCUGGAAAUCAUUUCACAGGAGAAAUCAUUGAAAAUAUCAGUAAAUUACAACAGUUGGAGUCCCUUGACUUGUCAAGGAACAACUUUUCUGGCACAAUUCCUUCUGGCCUCGCUGCCCUGACUUAUUUGGCUCACUUGAACCUCUCAUACAACAACUUGUCAGGGGAAAUUCCUCUUGGUAAUCAACUUCUGACCUUCACUGAUCCAUCGAUCUAUAUUGGCAAUCCUGGUCUUUGUGGGUUUCCUCUGAAUCAAAGUUGCAAAGCCAGUGAGACAACACAAGGUCAAAAUAAUGCAGAUGAUAGAGAUGAGAAUGAGAUGAUAUGGUUCUACACGAGCAUGGCACCAGGAUUUGUUGUUGGUUUCUGGGCAGUCUGGGGUACCUUAAUACUUAAUAAGAAUUGGAACCUUUAUUAUUUCCGAUUUAUAGACAACAUGCUUGACAAAGUAUAUGUGUUUACCGUACUGAAAGUUUCUAGGAUCAGAAAACGUUGUUGUUCCCAGCAAGGAUGAUAAAUUUGAACAUCAAUAUCUGCUGUAUGAGAGUUCAUCUCAUUAAUAUCAUAUCAUCAGCUUGAAUAAAUUUUCUUCUUCUGAAUACUUCUGGACUUGUAUACAAGUAAGUCAUGCACUCUCAAUUUUGAUCAUUUCUGUCAAGAUCUCAGUACCAUACGAAGUGUUCUAAUUCUGGGGAUUGCCAGAAAGCUUGCACCUUUUAAUUAGUUUUUCCAAAAUAGACACCCCUUUUUUAGUUGUUCAGUUUGGCAGAAAUGAAAGGAGGUUAAAACUUUUACGAAGAUAUAGAUAGAAUUUAUGGUUUUAUUUUCUUUCUUUCUUUUUCAUCCUCUAUUUUCCCAAGUUUAUGGUAUCUGCUUUCAUCAAAUGCAUUUGCAUGUCUUGUUCUUCCCAAGCAUUACGCGCCAAGACUGACACAAUUGCGAUCACAAGUUCGGCUGCAAAAGAUUUGGCCACCUUAUUCGAUUAAUUUAACUCUUAUUGAACUUAUGCACAGGUGUUUUUACCAUACGCUACUCUUGUUUAUGUAAAUCCAGUGUCAGUAUAUCUAGAAUCAGAUUUCAUUUUACAUUACUAAUUUUUUUCUAGAGAUCAAGGUUUAAAUUAUCAUUAACCCUCCCUACGGUCCACAUUGGUGAGAGCCUCUCAUGCAAAGGUAUGUCUUCUUUUAAAUCUCUUCAAAGAUUAAAUUUAUCUCACAUAAAAGAGCUUUCAUAUAUUAAUGCAGUCUGAAUUUUGAUAUAGAAUAACUUGUCAUCACUGUCAAGAUAACGCGAAUUCUGCCCUAGAAGGACAGCCUGAUUUAGAGCUGGAGUAGCUUGGAUCUGAAUUGCAUGUACACUGGAGUUGCUUGCGAUGGUUUAGUAUGUGCUCUCUAACCUUCAAAA